AUCGAUUUAGAAGUUUCCGUGUCAUGUCGAUGCCUAGGCCAAGCUUGAAUCCAAGCACAGCUGACACUUUGUUGUUUGGGAUAGGAAACUUGAAUUUCUUCCUGUUUGUCGCCGUCUGUUUCCAGUCCCACAGAAGAAAAUGUCAAAUGUGUCAAAUGUAGAAAAUUUGUCUCCACAAAUUAUUCGUCAAGUAACGAAGGAGAUCAGCACUCUCUGUCGAAAUCCACCGGAAGGUAUUAAACUGUUCAUGAACGAUGAAGACGUCACAGAUAUUCAAGCAACGAUAGAAGGACCUGCUGGCACCCCUUACGCUGGCGGCACCUUCCGCAUGAAGUUGGUACUUGGAAACAACUUUCCAUCAGAGCCACCAAAGGCUUUCUUCCUCACAAAAAUAUUUCACCCAAAUGUUUCGAGUAACGGGGAGAUAUGUGUGAACACUCUGAAGAAAGACUGGAAACCCGAAUUAGGAAUCAAGCAUAUUUUAUUGACUGUGAAGUGUUUACUAAUAGUGCCUAAUCCAGAGUCUGCCCUUAACGCUGAAGCUGGCAAACUGCUGCUGGAACAGUAUGAAGACUACUCAUUACGAGCAAAAAUGUUCACAGAAAUUCACGCCAAGCCUCUCAGAGCGACCGGCGAUAAUUGCUCAUCAGAAGACAAAUCCAGUGAAGGUCCACAAGCCAAAAAGCACGCUGGCGACAAAAAGAUUGUGGAGAAAAAGAAAAGGGAUAAAAAGAAAACUUUGAAACGUUUGUGACCUCUUGUCAUCAACUCCCACUUCAUUAUAUCUAAACAUUAUGUCUGUCAUACAUCUGUCUACAAAAUCUCCAUAUGUCACACAUCUUCCUCUUUUAACACGAGUGAGAGUGAAUCAAAAGGGGAAGCAUGUGACCGGAAUGAGUGAGAGUGUGAAUGAGUAUUUAUACGUCAGGAAUGCGCAAUGGUUGAUUUCGGUGUGUUGCUUGUGAUAUGAAAACAUGGUUUGAAGUGUUUGUUGUCGUCAGUACAUGGCAUGUUUCACCCCUUUGUUAUUGUUUCCUAUGCAUUUUGGAUUGUCAUGCGUUAUCUAGGUUCAGAGGUGUCUAGUAGGAAAA